AUGAUCCAGAGAGUAUUAGGUAUAGGAACAGAUAUCGUCUUUACACCUCGAAUAUCUCAUCUAUUACAAAGGUUUCCACCUAACGGUUCAGGUUUCAAGAGGUUGACCACCAAGUUCAUGCACCAACAUGAGCUCGAAGAGCUGCAGCUUCUCCUGUACCAGAAGAAGGACCCAACUACCUAUCUAGCAGGGGUUUGGGCCACGAAAGAAUGCGUCUGGAAGGCAAUGACCUCAUUCGUGGAUCCUAAGCUAAUGCCACCAGCCAUAAGCGUUUACACAAGACUUUGUUAUAAAACUAAAGGACCUAGGGGGUCCCCAUUCCUAGUAUUCGACUCAAAUUUCCCUCAAACCACACCUCUUCAUUCACUUUUCUACAAUGAGGUUAUCUACAAGAGAAAAAUCAAGGCAUUACUAUCCAUUUCGCACGACAAGGAUUACCUAGUAGCAUUCAUGACGAUGUUAGAAGACAUCAAUUGA